GGUAAAAUUUAGAUUUUACGAUAAGCAAAUUGUUGAAAACAACAUAAACGUGAGUCAACUCGUAUCGUGGAAAUUUUAACAGAAGCAGAAAAUCUACCUACAGCCUUAGUGUAAUGAAUACUACAGCCCAUCCCUCAUUGUUAUGGUGUAUUGAAAAAUUUAUAGGGAACAGAAAACAAGGAUUAUAAAUAAACAGGACGGUCCUAGCGUGGCAUGAAAGCCUCAGAGCAAUAGAGGAAUUGGAAAAUUAUAGGGGACCUGUGGGAUUUAACAUAAAUCAUAAAUGAGUAAAGGACACGUUGCGAUACAUAAUUCAUAUCUGUGUAAUUAACUAAUUACGGCAGCUUGUCUUUAAUCCAAAGUAGCACUUGACUUAAUACGAGUACAUCCCUACAAAAAAUGUCUGCAAUAAAGAACGCCAGCAAACCUCAAAUCGCCUUUGAAGAAAGAAAACCACUACAGCCCGACAUAAUUUUAAAAUUCAUAAACGGCAUAUCGCAGAUAUUUUGCUUAACGAUUCCAAAUGUUUAUAAUUAUAACGGGUUGUCGGUGUGGUAUCUAUUGUACAGUUUACUUUUGGUAUCUUUGCUUAUACUAAUACUAUGCUGGACGGUAAAAUCAAAGCUGGAAGAUUAUUACAGUUUCAUUGAUAAAACUUGCGCGUUAGAUUUGAUGGUGAUGGUCUUUUAUACAGUCUCAAAUUCCGUAACAAUAAUUGGUACCGUCAUUUUUCAACGAAAAAAUCUAGUAGCUGCAAUUAGGUACAUUGAAGAUUUGGGUAAUCUUCAUGAAAUGCCUUUGAUACUAAAAUCAUGUAAUGAUACCAAACUGUUUUUAGCUUUAGUAGGGCUUUUGCAUACUUGUAUUGGUGCCAUUUUGCUUACAUCGAUAGUUUUGUUUUACUUUGGUAAGAUUAAUGUCAUCUUUUCUAUAAUUCGUUUUGUAAACUUAUACAUUGUUAUUAUCACUACACUACAAAUUCAAAAC